CCAAGUUAUAAAACUCAGCUUUUUGCUACUAUCUAAACGUUGGUAAAAGGUCGUGCCGGUUAUUUGACUCUUUCUGAACGCGCAAUAAUAUUAAGUAAGAAAAAUCGUACAAUGUAGAUUUCGGAAAUAUCAAGAAACAAAAGCAGAGUAGUAAAGUCAUUUCUACAUUAUUGAAUAAUUCAGAAGACUAGACAAAGAAGAAAAUAUCUGGUAGGCGAUCCGUCUUAACCAGCAGGGGAAAACCAGCAAUUUUGAGGAUCAGUUUCCAGGUUGACAGUUUAAAAAACCGCUCAAAGAGCUGUCCGACAACAUAAAAAACAUAAAGCGGGUCAUAAAUGAUGCUACGUACAUCCAGAGGAGGAAACUGAAACAACACCACCGCUAAAUAACGUUCAUAAGGAAAGCCAUAAACAUUUCUUCCGUGACCGUAUCUACUGGAAGUAGGAAUAGAGAAAGUCCUAUUCAAUAUAAUUUUUGUUCUGAUAAAAUGAACGGUAUACUAUAUCUAGAAUUAAUAGGAAAUCAAUUAACAAGGUACUCAGAAACAAUACUAAGUGAAUAAUUUGUAUUCUAGCAGCACAAUGCUCUUGUAACACACAAGUCACACAGAAAAAAUGGUAAAAUCUUUUUUUUUUAAUCAAUGGCCAACUGGGUCUCCAGUGUUUAAUAUAACUGAAAAUAUCUGGGAACAUUUGUCAAAGCUGUUUAUAAGGCUGCAGCCCGUUCCAGAACACAGGAGAGAUGAAACGCACAAAGAACAAGGAGAAGAAGAAAUUUUCUUAAGAUGUUUUCGCCUCUACGACCUACCAUAUCGAAUACUAACUGGUACUGGAGAAUGGACCGCAGAGGUUCAGAAUUAUUUUGUCAAUCGUUGUGACAGGGAAGCUCGCUUGAGGAAAACGAGCAAUGUACGAAAAGGAGGAUGCACUUUUUACGGCCAUUCCUGCUUCGGCGGCCACGGAAAAAGAUCAGACGAAUCGAUGGACCUGCAAGAGCAGCCGGAUUUGUACGAACAAAGGUUGAAGUCAUCCGAAUUUUUUAGACAGUGGCUCCAGGCGUACCGCACAGGACAAGUUUUGGAGUAGAACGACCCCCCUCAACCAACCCUUUGACUAACUGAAACGUCUCUUAGCACAUUAAAAAAACAAAAACACAUUUUAAUUGUGAAUAUAAUGUUAUUCAUUAUAAUUAAACCGUAGUGAUGCAAAUAUGUCUCUGGAGGAUUUAUCAAUUUGUAUUAAGUUAUUUAAUUAUUUAAUUUAUAAAAAUUAUUCCUUUGAUUCUACAUUCUAAAUCAGUCAGUCAGAAAAAAAAAAAACUAUUCAAUAAAUUAAACAAUUGAGGAGAAAGCGUUUGAUGUUGUGUUUUAUGGAAUUUUGUGUAAAUGUAUAAAUAUAUGAAGUCUAUUUAUUUA